AUGAAACUCCUCAAGCGUAAAAUAGAGCGCGAUGGCACAGGCUUCGUCACAUUAUGCCCAGAGGAGCCAGAAGAUAUGUGGCACGCCUACAACCUGAUCCGGCCACUGGAUCUACUCACUGCACAGGCUGUACGAAGGAUAAAGGACGAAACCAGCAACACAGGUUCGACACGAUCACAGACCGUGCAUAUGAAGUUAACGAUCCGAGUCAAGUCACUGGACUUCGAUCCACAAGCCGGGCAGCUACGCGUGAACGGCCAGACUGCACGAGAGAACAACUUCCUGCAACUCGGCCAGUAUCACACUCUUGACCUUGAACUACAUCGCAACUUCACGCUCGAAAAGGAUCCGGAAGCAGGGGAAGGAUGGGACAGCGUGGCAAUACAGCAACUUGCAGAGGCAACAGAUCCUACGAAUGGUACAGAGGCCGUGGCAAUCGUCAUGCAGGAAGGCCUUGCCAAUAUCUGUUUCAUCACACAGCAUCAAACCAAUCUUCGGCAGAGGAUAGAGCACGCAGUACCUCGGAAGCGAGCUGGAGCUGGAAGGUCAGCGGAUCACGACAAGGGAUUGCAGAAAUUCUUCAAUGUCAUAUAUGAGACGCUCAUGAGGCAGAUCUUGACUUUGCUCGAAAACAAGCCUGACGCGACGUUCCCCAUCUUGCUCGCCAGUCCAGGAUUCACAGCAGCCGGCUUUCUCAAGUACCUCAACGAAGUAGGCUCAACGAAGGGUGAGAAGCUACUUCAGGAUCUACUUAGGCGGAAAGCUUUCUUGGUGAUACACAGCAGUUCUGGCCAUCUGCACAGCCUGAACGAAGUCCUAAAGAGUCCAGAAGUUCUGGCAAAUAUGAAGAAUACAAAAUAUGCAAAGGAAACGAAUCUGAUGGACAAGUUCUUCGAGCUCCUCCGGAAAGACGACGGCAGGGCUUGGUAUGGGCCUAGUGAGGUUGAGCGGGCGGUGGAAAAGGGUGCAGUCGGUCGAGGUGGAGGAGCUCUCCUGAUCAGCCACUCGUUGUUCCGGAGCGAUCAGAUUGCGGUCCGGCGGAGGUGGGUGAAGCUCGUUGAUCAGGUCCGAGACGUCGAAGGCGGUGAUGUUCGGAUACUCAGCGCUGAUCAUGAGAGUGGCAGGCGGCUUGAGGGUCUUGGUGGCAUUGCGGCGAUUUUGACAUUCCCAAUUGAAGAGGAGGAUUCUGACAUUGAGUCGGAUGCGGGGGAUGGCAGUUGA